GCUAUGAAUAACUUGUAAUUGUUCUUUCAGCAUCUUGUUUGUUUCACAAGCAUGAGGUCACAAACUUUUUUAGAUAUGCUUUACAUCUUUUUAAUAACUAAAUGUUUUUCCUUUAACUAGGUCUCUUUUUUAGAUAUGCUAUUAGUAUACAUACAUGUAAAAUAAAGAAAAGAAGUGAAAAAAAAGAUUAAAGAGAGAGUGUUCAUAAUUAGUUAAUUAUGUGGAGGCUUAGGGUUGCAGAGGGAGGCAAUGACCCUUACAUUUAUAGCACAAACAAUUUUCUUGGAAGGCAAAUAUGGGAAUUUGAUUCUGAUGCUGGCAAUCCUGAAGAGCGAGAAGGGGUCGAAAAGUCUCGACAAAAUUACUGGAAUAAUCGUUUUCAGAUCAAACCAAGCUCUGAUCUUCUUUGGCAGUUUCAGUUCCUAAGGGAGAAAAAGUUCAAACAAACAAUUCCUCAAGUGAAGCUGCAAGAUGGCGAGGAAAUUACAUACGAAAAUGCAACCGCCGCUUUACGACGGAGCGUCCACUUAUUUUCAGCCUUGCAGGCGAGCGAUGGCCAUUGGCCUGCAGAAAAUUCAGGCCCAUUGUUCUAUUUUCCUCCAUUGGUUUUUUCUUUAUACGUAACAGGCCAUCUUAAUACUGUCUUCUCUGCAGAGCAUCGCAAAGAGAUACUACGCUACAUAUACUGUCAUCAGAAUGAAGAUGGUGGGUGGGGAUUACACAUAGAAGGUCACAGCUCCAUGUUUUGUACCGUUCUUAACUAUAUAUGUAUGCGCAUACUUGGCGAAGGACGUGAUGGUGGAAAAGAUAAUGCUUGUGAAAGAGGAAGAAAAUGGAUUCUUGAUCAUGGUGGUGCAACUGCCAUAAGCUCUUGGGGAAAGACAUGGCUAUCAAUACUUGGAAUGUAUGAGUGGGACGGAAGCAACCCUAUGCCCCCAGAGUUUUGGGCGUGUCCAAUAAUUGUUCCUCUGCAUCCAGCAAAAAUGAUGUGCUACUGUCGGCUAACUUAUGUGCCUAUGUCGUACUUGUAUGGGAAGAGGUUUGUUGGUCCAAUCACAUCUCUCAUUUUACAAAUAAGGGAAGAAAUCUACAAUGAACCUUACAACAAAAUCAAUUGGAAGAAUGUACGUCAUGUAUGUGCAAAGGAGGAUAACUACUAUCCCCAUCCAAUGAUACAAAAACUGCUGUGGGAUGCUCUUUAUAUAUUUAGUGAGCCUCUUUUCACCAUUUGGCCCUUCAACAAAUUGAGAGAGAAGGCUCUCAAAAUAACGAUGGAUCACAUUCAUUAUGAAGACGAAAACAGUAGAUACAUUACCAUUGGAUGUGUGGAAAAGCCAUUAAACAUGCUUGCCUGUUGGGUUGAAGAUCCCGAUGGGGAUGCUUUUAAGAAGCAUCUUGCUAGGAUUUUGGAUUAUAUAUGGGUUGGAGAAGAUGGCAUAAAGAUGCAGAGUUUUGGCAGUCAAGUAUGGGAUACAAGCCUUGCCCUCCAAGCUUUGAUGGCUAGCAAUCUCUGUGAUGAAAUAGGACCUACACUUAAGGAAGGACACAACUUUAUAAAGAACUCUCAGGUAACGGAGAAUCCUUCUGGUGACUUCAAGAGAAUGUUUCGUCAUACCUCCAAAGGAGCUUGGACAUUCUCUGAUAAGGAUCAUGGAUGGCAAGUUUCUGAUACCACAGCAGAAGGUUUGAAGUGUUGCCUGCUUUUCUCGAUGAUGCCUUCUGAAAUUGUUGGUGAGAAAAUGGAUGCCAUAAAGCUGUAUGAUUCUGUCAAUGUAUUACUUUCUCUUCAGGUAAGGAUUCAAUGCAGUAAAAAUAAUGCCAUUGUCCCUGUUUCUCAUCCCUUUUCCCCUAAAAGAAUGAGUGAAACUGGUGGUUUCUCAGCUUGGGAGCCAGCAGGAGAAAGGUUAUGGUUGGAGUUAUGUUAUUUGACAUAGAUAUUUGGAGUUAAAAUUGUAGAAGCAAGGUUAGCAAGUCUGGCCCAUUAGUUAAGAAAUUUACCCAGUGGCUCAAUCCUGUGGAGUUCAUUGAGGAUCUGGUGAUUGAGCACGAGUACGUGGAGUGCACUUCAUCGUCAAUCCAAGCAUUAGUCCUAUUUAGUACAUUAUACCCUGAGCAGAGGAACAGAGAGAUAAAUAAUUCCAU